AAGAGGAGGAGGAGGAGGAGAGAGGACAGCGAGCCGAGGAUCUGAGAGGAGCCUAUUACCAGAGGGGGAGAAACACAGAGAGGAGGUCCUCCCCUACACUUAAAGACCAAGAGGAAGAGGAGAAGUGAGGAAGAAGAGGAGAUCAAUGAGAGGCUGAGAUUUCAGGAGAUUCAGCAGAAAGAGAGGAAGAGGAGAGGGAGGAGAGAUGGGAGACUUCGGGAGAGGAGUGCUUCCAUGAGAAGAGGAGAGGAAUAUUUACAGAGUUCACUCAAACUUAGAGAAGAGGAGGAGGAGGAGGAGGAGGUCUGAGAAACUCCUGCUGUACUCCUCCAUCAGAGGAGAGGAAGAGGACUUCUACUCGCUGGGAUCUGAAGUGGACCGAUGGCGUGUUACUACAUAGUGAUCAGCUCCACCCACCUGCACGACGGACAGCUGCGGAGCAUCAAGGGGGUUUUCCGGGGACCGAUCGGAGCCGGAGGACACCGGGAGGAGGGAGACUCCAGCUUCUACUGCGAGCUGUGUGAUAAACAGUACGUGAGACACCAGCAGUACGACAACCACAUCAACUCCUACGACCACCACCACAGGCAGCGGCUGAAGGAGCUGAAGCAGAGGGAGUUCUUCAGAUCUCUGGCCUGCAGGAGGACCAGGAAGAGGAGGGAGGAGAGGAGGGAGGAGAGGAGGGAGGAAGAGAGGAGGCUCCACCAGCAUGAGGAGGCGAGGAGCGAGGAGUGUGCUCCAGGUUCUGGUCCCAUGUUCAGAUCCACCAUGGAACCAGGAAACCAGACUGGACCGGACUCAGUGCAGAACUGGAGCGACACGACACUGGGAACAAAGCCUCACACCUCGCUGAUUCUCCCGCUGGACGCCGGGUGCUGGGCGUUCGACCCGACGGACGCCAACAGAACCACAACCUCUGCCAGCAUCCUCAACGAGACGCAGAUGGACUACGAUAACGUGUCCGCCACAGAGAACCCUUGCCCCAGAACCAGCCACUUUAACGAGAUCCCCUGGGCUCGCAAUUAUUUAAGCCAGCCCAUUACUCCCAGUAACAUCCCAGCAGCUGACGCCACAACUAAUGGCUCCAGCAGCUCCUGCAAGAAGGUCCAGACCAACGUCCAGAGCAGAGUCCGGCCCGUGUCCUUUUCGCUGCCCAAGAGGAGCUGCCUCCUGCUCCACCAGUCAGCCGCCGUCUUCAUCCAGGCCGGGCGGGGGUCCGGGUUGUCGGGGAAGCAGGAGGGUGUGAUGCUGCAGGAGAAGGUCUCAGAUCAGCAGCUCAGAUCUCCAGUUCCUGCAGAAGUGGGUCACUGGGACAACGGGGACCAGAACCAGUGCCCUGUUGAUAAACCUGGAAUCCAGCACUCUGGGACGAUUAUGUCCACUGAGAGGGGGACUGGAGGCCAUGUUCCUUUAUGUAAUGGCAGUGUGAUCCCAGUAGAGGAGUCUGGGAGUGAAGGCCGGGUUUCCUCACUUAACGACAGCGGGACUGGAGCUCAGAUUUAUCUAAACAGUGGGGUACCAGGGCCGGUACCAGGGCCGGUACCAGGGCCGGUACCAGGGCCGGUACCAGACUCAGUUUGCAAAACCCACGACGAUUUGGACAAUCAAGAGGUCGACCCUCCCCAAGGUCUGGUUUUCCCCGCUCAGUAUCCGCCCAAAACAUCGUCUCCUGGGGUUUUAAAUGAGACUUUAAACCCGACUCAACCCAAAGAACCGAGUGUCCCGCCUCCAAACCGCCCCGCAGAGCCGUUCUGUCGGGUCCUGAGCCGGGACGGCACCCGGGUUUUCCUCUGGCCGUCGGAGAUGGUCAGCUCCACCCGGACGUCGCCUUCCAUCUCCUUCAGCAUCAACCCUCUGCUGUACGACUUCAGAGCCCACCACAGGGCCCGGGACGGGGGCGAGGGGGGUAGGAAGCGAGGGCCGGGGGAGGGAAGGGGAAUAAAGCCGGCUGUGAUCAAACAGUCCGGGCAGGGAGUCGUGGCGGGAGGAAGGGAGGUGAAGACAGAUGAAAGGGGAGAGGAAGAUGAAGGGGGACAGGCAGGAAUUCCUGAGGAAGUUGCAGCCCAUUGUAGUGACGCCGCUCCGGACCGCUGGGGCAGCCGGGAUGAAAGGGCUUUAAAAUGUGUCUCUGCAGAACCGGGCCUUAAGAAAACAGCAAGCAGGAGGAAGAGGAGGAGGAGGGGAGGGGUGAGGAAGAGAGGAAGGAGGAAAAGAGGGGAAGAGACAGAAAGGAGAAGGAGGAGGAGGAGGAUAAUAAGCUUUGAGAGUCAGACGCUGGAAGGCCGAGGAGAGGAGAGAGUGAAGAGAGAGGAGAAGGUGCCAUUAAGUAAUGUGAGGAGAGGGGAGGACGGGAGGAUAAAGGGAGAUCAGACGGGAGAGCGGGUGAGGGCAGGUAGGAGCGACGAGAGGAGAGCAGGGCUAUUAAGCAAUCUUCCCGUGGCUGGGUGUAAUCGCUGCAGCCAGCUGCGUCUGCAGGUGGAGAGCGAGCAUCAAUCCCAGCAAUCAGACCGCAGGAAGCUGCUCCGCGGGGGGGAGGCAUGUAACCCAGCGAUUAGCCCCAUCCCCGGAUCCGCUAUAGAGGCACCACGCUGUCCUGCAGGGGUGGAGAUGCAUGAAAUUACAGGCGGGCGGUUGGGGGAGCGCAGGAAUCUGAUAGGAGGCGAGUGCAGCCCUGUGAUUAGCGGCGCUUCUUUGCACGAGGCGGCAGGAAUCUGUCUCGUUCCUGCUGCACCUCCCGGGGAAACAGCAUGCCAUACAGCGAUUAGCCUCGUCCCCGCUCCCGUUACAGACGCAGCGUGGCGUCAAAGACAAACAACACAGCGGACAGAAGCACAGCGGAGAGGCCCAUCAGACGUGACCCCGCCUAGGAAGGCAAUUUCAGAGGAAGGGAAGGCGGCACAGAAGAGGAAGGUGGAGGCGAUGGAGGACGGGGAAGCACCGAGGAAGAGGAGGAAAAGGGGAAGGAGGCAAGCGAGGAGGGCGGCAUGUUUUCUGAGAGAGGACAGAGCGAGGCGUGGGGUGAGCGCUGACCUCCAGGAAGGCCCGGAAACACUGGAUAACUUCCUCUGCAGAAUAAAACACCCUCUGUGUCACGAAACAGAGGACACAUUUAGCUGUGACACACUAGUUGACGAGGGAACGAGGAAGGAUUGCAUGGAUGAACUUCUCAGAGACCUUCAGUGUGAGGAACAGGACACUGCUCGAGACAAUCCGACUGACACACACAAUCAGAGCUCUGAGAAGGACGAGGAGCCUUCUCCGAGUCGUGUGGACAGACUUAAUGACACACAUGGGGACAUAUUAACAUGUAGCACCACUCAUACUCACCACCGUCAAAGUGAAGAGAGGCAAACUAACAGUGGUGAAGCAUCAGGUUUCUGUGAGCAGACUGCAGCUCAGAGCUCAGAGGCAAAGAAUAACCAAUCAGAGGAGGAUAAAACCAAUCACUUUCAGACUCAAAGCGUCCUCUCUGAUGCUGUGAUCGAUUAUAAGUCCUGCGGAGGUAUUGACGGUGGUCUGUGUGAUCGUCUGAGCAGAAGUCAUGAGUGUAAUUUGGACCUAUUAGCACGUAGCACCAAUGCUACUCAUGCAAACCAUCGUCAACACAAGCAAACACAGGGUGAUCAAACAUCAGAAUGUUGUGCAGCUCAGAGCUCAGACGCAAGCUACAGUGAUUUGAACACAUCAGAUAACCAAUCAGAGGAGGAUAAAACCAAUCACUUUCAAACUCAAAGCCUCCUCUCUGAAGGUAUCGAUCAGACAUGCGACAGGAGUCCCGGCACUGAUUGUAAUCACAGUACUGGGGACCUAUUAGCAUGUAGCACCAAUGCUACUCAUGCAGACCACCGUCAAAGUGAAGAGAGGCAAACAAUUGGAGCUAAAGCUUCAGGUUAUUGUGAGCCGACUGCAGCUCAGAGCUCAGAGGAGGAUAGAACCAAUCCCUUUCAGAAUAAGAGCCUCCUCUCUGAUGCGGUGGUCGAUUAUAAAGCCUGCGUGGGAGUGGAUCAGAAAGUGAACAGGAGUCACUGCGCUGCUGUUGAUGGGAGGAAGAAGAGGAAGCAGGAGGAAGAGGAGGAGGAGAGGAGGAAGGCGAAGGAGGUGUGGGAGAAGCAGUGGGUGAGGAGGAAGGAGAGGGAGAGGAGGAAGGAGUUUCUCUACGCUGAGAAGAGGCCAUGUUUCCCCCUCCCUCCUCAGUGCAUCUUCCUCCCUCCUUCCCUCUCCUCCUCUUCCUCCUUCUCUUUCCGCCAUACCAUCAUCCAGCAUCACCUCUCCCUGUUGCCUCCCCCCUCUCACCUCCACUCUUACCCCCAUCUGCUCCCCUCUUUCUCCCCCCAUCUCAGUCUCAAUCCUCCUCCUCCUCCUCCUCCUCCACCCCCUCCUCUUCAUCCCCCUUUCUACUCUUCUUCCCCUAUGUCUUUCCUGGACUCCCCCGCUCAGUUCCCAUUGGCGGCUGCGUUUCAUCCCAUGCAGAGUCACCUGCCGCCCCUCUACCCUCCCCCCCCUCACCCCGCCGUCCUGCCCCUACAGGUGUUGUUCUAGAAACGCUUAAUUGAAAUCCUCA